AUGGACCGGUCCGGACAAUGGCGCGGUCCCCGGAAAGCAGCCGUCUGCCUCACCUUGGACAACCUCGGCGAAGCACAAGACGUCUACAAAGGAACCUGGGACAAGCCCAUUGGCAGUCAUCCAUCCGUUACCGACCAGCUCCCACGAAUGCUCGACCUGCUCAAUAAGUACAACAUCAACAUCACCUACUUUAUUGAGUUCUGGAGCCUAGCCGUCUAUCCAGACGUGGUCAAGGACAUCAUCGCUCAUGGUCACGAAGCUGCAUGGCAUGGUCUCCAACACGAGCCCUGGGCUUCUCUUUCCCCAGGAGAGGUGCGCGACAAACUGGCCAGGAGCUUCAGGAUAGCUGAGUCGUCAGGGAUCAAGUACGUUGGGUUUCGACCGCCUGGGGGAGGGCUGGGAGAUUGUACUUCGUGGAAUCUGAUGAAAGAAAAAGGGUUGGAAUAUAUUUCUCCGGUAGACGAUGAAUUCCGGUGGUUCAAUCAUUUGAAUGGUAUUACUGUACUGCCAUUGGAGUGGCCUAAGGUAGACGCUUUCUACUACAUGGAGAAAUUCGAUGAUAAAAGAGAGGCGUUUCGAAAGCAGAGGGAGGUCAUGACGCCAGCUCAGUUCAAGGAGCACUUGAUGAGCAAGAUCGAUCUUGCGUUGGAAGAGGAGGGCUUUUUGUCGAUUCUAUUCCAUCCUUUCUUGCAAACCAGCGAGGAGAAGCUCGAGGUUUUUGAAAAUGUGCUCAAGCGUAUUGCAAAUGAUUCGGACAUCUUCUGUGCCCUGUGUCGGGACGUUGCGAAGAUCGCUUCUCGGUGGCAGGGGAAUGAGAAUGGAAAAUAG